AUGUCACAAUCUUCAAAUGAAGCCAGAACCCUCCUUGCCCUUCAGGCCCUUCAAAAUGACCCAAAAUUAAGUACCCGACGCGCUGCAAAGAUAUACGAGAUCUCUGAGCCUAGGCUACGUCGCCGUAGAAAUGGCAUUCAAUCGCGACGCUAUUUUAUCCCGAAAUCGCGGAAACUAUCCGAUCUAGAAGAGCAGAUAAUAGUCCAAUUCAUUCUUGACCUAGAUUCGCGAGGGUUUCCCUCGCGACUGCGCUUUGUGGAAGAAAUGGCCAAUUCUCUUCUUGCUGACCGCGACGCGUCACCUGUUGGCAAGCGCUGGGCUCAUAACUUCGUCAAGCGACAACCAGAGCUAAAGACGCGUUUAUUUCGGAAAUACGACUAUCAGAGAGCCAAAUGCGAAGAUCUAUCUAUUAUUCGUGGCUGGUUUAGGCUUAUACAGAACACAAUCGCGAAGUACGGUAUCAGAUCAGAUGAUAUCUGGAACUUUGAUGAGACUGGCUUUAUGAUGGGCGCUAUUAUGGCUGGAAUGGUCGUUACAGGUUCGGAAAGGCAAGGAAGGCCAAAAUCAGUACAGCCUGGAAACCGGGAAUGGAUUACAGUGAUCCAGGCGAUCAAUGCGGAAGGUCAAUCGAUCGCGCCGUUCAUCAUUGGUGCAGGCCAAUAUCACCUUGCGAAUUGGUACCGAGAAUGCAACCUCCCAGGCGAUUGGGUUAUUGCAACGACCCAAAAUGGAUGGACAAAUAACGAGCUAGGUCUCGAUUGGCUAAAGCACUUUGAUCGGUCUACAACUAACCGAUCAACUGGUCCCUAUCGUCUUCUGAUCCUUGACGGUCACGAAAGCCACCACUCGGCCGAUUUUGAGAGAUAUUGUGAGGAGAAUAAGAUUGUCACACUUUGCAUGCCUGCUCAUGCAUCUCACCUACUGCAGACUCUUGACGUUGGGUGCUUUGGGCCGCUGAAAAAGGCAUAUGGUCGAGAAAUAGAGUAUCUGAUCAGAUGCUCUAUAACUCACAUUUCGAAGACCGAGUUCUUUCCCGCCUUUUACGCCGCUUUUAAAGCUACUUUUACAAAAAGUAAUAUCCAGGGAGGUUUUAAAGGAGCCGGGCUUGCUCCUUUCGACCCGGAAAAUGUUAUCUCAAAGCUUGAUGUGCAGUUACGGACUCCAACGCCUCCUCAGGAGGCUGCUGAACCUUCGACCCCUUGGGUUUCAAAGACCCCAAAGACGGCAAUUGAGGCCCAAUCUCAGUCUGAAUACCUUGAAAAACGAAUUAAACGACAUAAAAGUAGCUCCCCAGAGUCAAUUAUUGAAGCUUUAAAGUCUAAUACUAAAGCAACAAAGGCAGUUAUGCAUGAGGUUACAUUAUUAAGGGCUGAGGUCCGAAACCUUCGAGAUGCAAAUGAGAUACUAAGCCGGCGCCGGAGGGCAAAACGGACUAGAUUACAGAAAGGAGGGGCCAUGACUGUAGAGGAUGCAUCACAAGUAAUUGAUCAGAUGGAUGUUGAUACACAGGUAGUGGCCGAAUCAUGUAGAGGUGGUGGUCGGGCCCGGUCAGAGCGACCGGCUGGUCGGCGUUGUGGUGUAUGCGGCAAGGCCGGGCAUAAUGCAAGGACCUGUCAGGUAGUAAUUGAGACAUUCAGGGAAGAGUAUAUAGAGUACGGAAUGCAACAUCCGCCAUUAAGCCCGCCAGGUCCUCAAAAGAGUCUAAGCAAGAUUUCUCUCGUCUUAGACUAUACACCUAGGCAACUGCAGACUAGAGUAUCACCCGAUGAUCUGCCCUUCGAAUCAUCUAGCUUCGACGCCAUUUUCCGCACCACUCAUCCAGAGAAGGCCAAACUAGGCCCAUCUGGCAAACGAAAGACAUCUGGUCGUGUUAUCAAUGCCAUUUACCACGCGAAAAGGAAACAUGCCUCUAUUCUUCAGACGGAGGCCAGUACCGUAGACGAGCACGACUCGGAUAUUAUUACCCGGCCAUCAAAGCAGCCGCGGAUGGACAGUUUCUUUCCGAGUCGGCCAUCAGAUACCACUUUACGCCGCGUCCUUAACCGACAGCAAUAUAUAGAAUCGAUUGUCGAUCUUCUUACACGCCGUCGUUUACCAUUCUCCGCGGUGAAAUGGGAUGAGAUGCAGGAUAUCAUAUUGGCAUGCAAUCCGGCUAUUGAGGAUCUUCUCCUCACGUCCCGCGACGCAGCUAUGCGUCAUAUUACCACUACCUUCGACUUAUACCGAUCUCAAUUGAAAGCAAAGCUUCAGGCGUCCGUAUCGAAGAUCCAUCUCUCGACCGAUCUCUGGACAUCGCCUCAUCGGCAUGGCAUUUUAGCAGUAUGCGUUAGAUGGGUUGAUAAUGGCUAUCGACUUCAAAAGGCCCUGCUAGCUAUGCCUGAAUGCCGAUACAGCCACAGUGGCGAACGCCAAGCAACUCUAAUGGCGGAAGCAAUCGAAGAAUACGGUAUUGCGAAGCAAAUCGGCUAUCAUACCGGCGAUAAUGCUACUUCAAACGAUACCUGUUUAAAGCAUCUCUCUCAAAUGCUACAGGAUAAAUACGGUUUGGUUAACGGGGUCUGGAUAUCUUUCCGUCCCAACCGGCGCCGAAUCCGAUGCAUCGCUCAUAUCAUAAAUCUCUCCCUUCAAGCCUUCCUCCUUGCGUCCUCGAAAGAAGCUUUACGCGCAGCACUUGCCGCUGCCAGCGACGUAACCGGCGCCGAGAUGUACGAACAGUUCUACUUUACACUCUAUGAUGUAUCCGCCAAUGAGCCAACAUCGCGGUCUGAAGCUUCGGAACAGCAAGAACAGUCUUUCAGUAAGGUAUGGAAGGGAAAGGCUAAAAGGGCCGCUCGGAAGCCCCCCGAUUUCAGGGAUGACAAAUUCAGAGGCUGGCAAACCAUCCCGGCGAUGCGUAAACUACAUAACAUUGCAGUCUGGCUUCGAAAUUCAUCUAUCCACAGUGAUCUAUGGGAGGAUCGAGUAAGCUUGCGGCUUGGGAUCGAUAACGACACCCGAUGGAACUCUUGGUAUAAGCUGAUCGAUAAUCUUAUCCGAAGACAAUCACAGAUCAAGCAAUUCUUGCUUGAUUACGAUAAGGAGAUCAACGAUAAUAUCCUCAACUCAUCAGAUUGGGAUUACCUUGAAAGAACACAUAGAUUUCUCCACCCAUUCGCGUCGGCAACUUUAUGGGCUGAGGGUAAGAAUUCUACAUUGUCGCAAAUAUUGACAAUUAUGGAUGGUUUAUUACGCCACUAUGAAAAGAACAAGGAACAUUACUCGAAGCCGGAGACGUUUGAUCGCCGCAUCCUUCAUUCAAUUGAGAUGGGCUGGUUCAUUCUCGACAAGUAUUAUACUAUGACCGAAGAUGCGCCUGUUUACGCUGCCGCCCUCCUUCUUGAUCCCUCAAAGCGAAUCAGGUACAUUGAGCGCCACUGGCCAGAGUCAUGGCACGAGAACGCCAUUGCUGGUGUCCGUACAAUUUGGGAAGAGUACAAAACUCAGCCUGAGACUGGACCUGCAGAGUCGGUUGAUGAGGUAUCUGCUUCGCAAAAGCGGCAGCCGAAUGAGUGGGACGCUCUACUUGAAGAGUUGGAAGUCACCGAGGAUCUGGGUGAUAGUAUGGACGAUCUUGAAGACUUUAUAAAGGCAACACCCAUCAAAAUAAGUGGGUCACCACUUCAAUGGUGGUGUAAUAAGGACCAGCGGAAGACUUAUCCUCAGCUAAGUCGAAUGGCUAUUGAUAUCCUCUCGAUCGCGCCUGAAUCAGCUGAUCCGGAAUCUGCUUUCUCUGGUGGUCGACGCACUCUCUCCUGGGAUAGAGAACGAAUGACUUGCGAGAAUCUUGAGAAGGUUGAAUGUAUAGGCAACUGGCUGCGUGAAGGGCAUAUCCAGAAGGCUGUUCAUGGUGGUAUGGGUGUAAUUACUGAUACGGGUUUUGAUAGUGGCGGUGGUGAAGACUCCGAUGUUAAUUUUGAUUGA